CUUGAGAAAGACAGGGCAGAGUUUUCCUCGUCAGUCUGCAUCCCACACUGUUCAGCUUCGGCUCUGAGAGAGAAAUGAGGAAGAAGACUGCGAUACCCCGAACUCUAUUCACACUUGUACUUGUUAUACUAGCCUCAACAGCUACCUCCCAUACCCUUUCUUCUUCCUCUUCACCCUCUUCUUCUCCACUGUCCUCCGACUGGCUACCAGCACGCGCCACCUACUAUGCCGCCGCGGAUCCCCGUGACUCUGUCGGCGGUGCGUGUGGAUACGGGGACCUCGUGAAGGCAGGCUAUGGCAUGGCCACUGUUGGUUUGAGCGAAAUUUUCUUCGAGCGAGGGCAGAUCUGCGGUGCCUGCUUCGAGCUCCGAUGCGUCGAUGACCUCCGCUGGUGCAUUCCUGGGACAUCCAUCAUUGUCACCGCCACUAACUUCUGUGCUCCAAAUUACGGUUUUACCCCUGACGGUGGAGGUCACUGUAACCCUCCGAACAAGCAUUUUGUGCUUCCCAUCGAGGCAUUUGAGAAGAUCGCUAUUUGGAAAGCCGGCAAUAUGCCUGUCCAGUAUCGAAGAAUAAGGUGCAGAAAGGAAGGAGGUAUACGAUUUACAAUUGGUGGUUCGGGCAUUUUCAUUUCUGUUCUUAUAAGCAAUGUUGCUGGUGCUGGAGAUAUAGUGGCUGUGAAGAUCAAGGGUUCAACAACUGGCUGGCUGUCAAUGGGUCGAAAUUGGGGGCAGAACUGGCAUAUCAAUGCUGAUUUAAGGAAUCAACCUCUUUCGUUUGAGGUCACCUGUAGUGAUGGGCUGACAGUUACUUCUUACAGUGUUGCUCCUAAAAAUUGGAACUUUGGGCAGAGUUUUGAAGGCAAGCAAUUUGAAACAUAGUGUUUGUUUUAUAAGAAAAACCCUUCCUUAUUGUUACUUUUCCGAUUGAGGUGUAAGCCAUCGGUUGUGGUUUGAGGGUAAAGUAGCUAGUUAGGAGAUUGCAAUGUAAAAUGGUGGGAAAUGGGAAUAGCUGUUGCCUGUUGUUGUAACUUAGAAGUGCAAGAGAGAAACAUAAAGAGGUUUUGGUUUGGUAGGUAAAGAGACCUAUUGAGAUUGCAAUGCAUGUGAGGAAAUUGUACUACACAUUCCAUUUUUUAUGUCAAGGGAGACGGAUUUGCUUAAUUUGAUACAGCUGUGGUGAUUAUAAAUAGACAGGUUUGCAACCCAGGUUAAUAGACUUGUUGAGUGCACCAAACACCGCCUGCGUCUUUCUGCUAAUCUCCAGCCACUUGCAAUCAGGCUGGCAAGUGGCAACCACGUCUCUUAAUACCCUCCACUAGUGAUGCAAACUCUUCUACCAUCAGAGCCUCCUGCGGCAUUUUGCAAUCAACCACAACUUUUUCAGGCUUAACAGUCCACCCCAGAUGAAGUUCUGUAAGUUUUGCACCCAGUGUUACCGCAAAGGUAGCAGACGUCUCCUUAGGUGGAAUCAUCAAGUCCUGGAGGCACAGCAAUCCUUCCGUAUCAGUGAUCUCUAAGUCCAUGGAUGUACUUGAGAAAAGAGAGUAAUGAAACCAACAAUCUGUUAAUACAAAUGAAAGGAGUUCAAUUUU